GCUACUGACCAGAGACGUGCGACUGUCCGGCGUGGGUGGAACCAAUCGUGUCCUUAUUUACGUACAAACCUGGUGGAGGAACUUCUACUUUGAUAGCGUCUCCAUCAAAAACUAUACAGUCCAGCUUGUCUACCCCAACUAUUGUCCCUCAUCGGAACUGGGGGGGAGGAAAGCUCCG